AACCCUAAACAGCCACCCACGACUAGUGUGUAGAAUCCACAAAAUCAACCAAAACCCUAACAAACUAGAUCUCUGAAAUCAGCAAUCAACAAUGGACAAGGACAUGCUAGGAGGAAUGGAAGGUCUAUCUAAAGAAGAUCAGACCCGUAUGCUUUCCAUGAUCGAAAACCUUCAGUUGCGAGAUAGCUUGAAGAUGUAUAAUUCACUCGUGGAGAGAUGCUUUAAUGAUUGUGUAGAUAGCUUCACACGCAAAUCUCUUCAGAAGCAAGAGGAGACUUGUGUCAUGAGAUGUGCUGAAAAGUUCAUGAAGCAUUCCAUGCGUGUGGGAAUGAGAUUUGCAGAGCUUAAUCAAGGAGCAGCUACCCCGGAUCAAAAUUGAACAAAGCCCCAAGAAUGGUUGGAUUUGAAAGAACAAAAUAACCUUUUUGUUUGUCAUUGUAGAAUCUGCCUGUUUCUUUUGUUUUGGGGUCCUUGUCAGCUAAUAUUCCAAACGGGAAAUAAACAUGGCAGCGAUAUAGGGUUCAUGAUUGUUGCUUUGUUAUGCAAAUCCUUUUGUUAUUUCUGUAAAACCAUACAGAGCCUUUUUUUGCUUCAGAAAUAGACUGAUUAUAUUUCAAUAUUCUGAAAAAACCUAGACGUGUUUUGUCACUGCAGCAAUACGGGUGCUUGUUCCACCGUGUCAGAGACCUUAUUGCUGGUAAAUUUUAAUCCUUGAAUCAUAUCAAAUUCAUAUUUAAUCUAUGAUUUGAUUGUUAUCUG